ACAGAGGUUUUACAACUCUCAGCUGCAGUCUUUUCAAAAACCAUCCCAGUUUUUUUUUUUGUUGAGAUUUUUAUAUCCUGGUGUUUUGACCUUGGUAUUUUUUUGGUAUUCUAAUUCAGGACAUUUUCACUGUCAUGUAUAGACAGAGCAGCAAAGUUUUAAGUGUUUUUUUUUGUGGGUGGGUGGGUGACUUCCUUUAGAGCACAUUUGAUGUCGUCAUUUUCUGCUCCUUAUUCAAGCUUAGUCAUGCACAUUCCGGAGCAUUGCCUCACAUCCUUCAAAAGCCUCUCUUCGGUCAGGAGCUAGACAGAAUUCAGUAGUCGGUGGCACUGAUCGGCAAGGAAGAAUAGCAGAAAACACCUGAAGUUUCUGAGGGGAAAUAAUUAUAGCAAGAAUAUUUUAUUGUCCACUUUUGUGUUUUAAAGGACAGCACCUCUGUUCUUGGGGAGUAAAAAUUCCGCAUUUUUUCCUAUGCUCAAAGUCAGAACCCCAAAUAACAGUGCUUUUGUCUUUUUCUUCAGUCUUUUUGCCUCAGAGAUCACUUCUUUCCAUGAGAAUCAAUCUGCCUUUUCCUUUCCCAGUAUUUCUCGUCUUUCUCUAUACGAGCUACUUGCUUACGCACUACUGACUGAGCCGUUACAGUGACUUUUAAAAUGGAUGUGCGUUCUGUCAUUUUUGUCCCUUGGCAUCUGUUUAUGAAGCUCUGCACCCUCCUUACUUUUGUACCAUGGUAUUUUUUUGCUGAUGCCCAUAGAAAAAAAGUCAUGGCCAAGCGGCUAAAAGCGAAGUCCGUCACCGGCCAGCCAGAGGGGCCCUAUCGCUCGCUGGACCACUUUGAGUCUCUGGCUCGGAUGACCUUCGAAGAGACGGACACCUUGGAUAAGCUCUUUGAUCACGCAGUGCGUCGCUUUGGGAGUGCAGACUGCCUGGGCACCAGAGAAGUACUGAGUGAGGAGAAUGAGAAGCAACCCAAUGGCAGGGUUUUCAAAAAGUUGAUUCUUGGAGAGUACAGCUGGCUCUCCUACCAGGACGUGGAUGUGGCCGUGGGCCAUUUUGGCAGGGGACUGGAAGUUUUGGGCCAGCAGCCCAAGAACACUAUCGCCAUCUUCUGUGAGACCCGCACAGAGUGGAUGAUCAGCGCCCAGACCUGCUUUAGGCACAACUUUCCAUUGGUCACUUUAUACGCAACUUUAGGAGAGGAGGCGGUGGCCUAUGGGCUGAACGAAUGUGGGGCCACUCAUCUCAUCACCAGCCUGGAGUUGUUGGAGACCAAACUGAAGAACGUGCUGUCAAAGGUACCUAAUCUGAAGCAUGUUAUCUAUGUGGACAAAAAGAAGAUCAGCAAUACUGGAUAUCCAGAGGAUCUGCAGAUUCACACCAUGCAGGCAGUGCAGGAGCUGGGAGCCAAAUCUGAUAACCUGUCUGUACAAGCCCAGAGGCCACAGCCCUCCGAUCUGGCAGUCAUCAUGUACACCAGUGGUUCCACCGGACGGCCUAAAGGUGUCACUAUGAUCCAUAGCAACCUAAUUGCUGGUAUGACGGGACAGUGCGAAAGGAUCCCAGGCCUCGGGCCAAAGGACACAUACAUCGGCUACCUCCCGCUUGCCCAUGUACUGGAGAUGACAGCAGAGAUGUCGUGUGUCACCCACGGCUGUCGCGUCGGGUACUCCUCACCUCUGACGCUGUCUGAUCAGUCAUCAAAAAUCAAAAAAGGGACCAAGGGGGACUGCUCUGUGCUGAAGCCCACUUUGAUAGCGGCAGUUCCGGAAAUCAUGGACCGCAUAUACAAAAAUGUAACGAGCAAAGUACAGGAGAUGAACUACGUACAAAGAACGCUCUUCAAGCUAGGCUUCAGCUACAAGAUGGAGCAGCUCAAACGGGGGUAUGACGCCCCACUCUGCAACAUGCUGCUGUUUAAGAAGGUCAGGGCUCUCCUGGGGGGGAAUGUCCGCAUGAUGCUAUCUGGAGGGGCCCCCCUGUCUUCAGCCACACAGCGCUUCAUGAAUGUCUGUUUCUGCUGCCCGAUUGGCCAGGGCUACGGUCUAACUGAGACGUGCGGUGCUGGGACCAUCACUGAAGUGGCAGAUUAUAGCACGGGCAGAGUUGGGGCCCCUCUCAUCUGCUGUGAGAUCAAGCUGCGCGAUUGGGUCGAAGGUGGUUACACAGCACAGGAUAAACCCCAUCCUAGAGGAGAGGUGGUCAUCGGUGGUCCCAAUGUUGCUAUGGGCUACUACAAGAGUGAACAUUUAAACGAAGACUUCUUUGUGGAUGAGGAUGGACAGCGCUGGUUCUGCACAGGAGACGUGGGUGAGAUCCACUCAGACGGGUGCCUGCAGAUUGUUGAUCGUAAGAAGGACCUUGUUAAGCUGCAAGCUGGAGAGUAUGUCUCUCUUGGCAAAGUGGAGUCUGCCCUGAAAAGCUGCUCGCUGAUUGACAACAUAUGUGCCUAUGCCAACAGUGACCAGAACUAUGUUAUAAGUUUUGUGGUGCCAAAUCAGAAGCAGCUGACAGCAUUGGCUGGUAAAAAGGAAAUUGAAGGAACUUGGGAGGAAAUCUGUAACCACUCAGUGAUGGAGUCUGCAGUUCUUCAGGCCAUCAAGGAGGUUGCUGUGUCGUUUCAGCUGCAGCGGUUUGAGAUUCCUGUCAAGGUGCGGCUCAGUCCAGAGCCCUGGACCCCGGAGACGGGCCUGGUCACAGAUGCCUUCAAACUGAAAAGGAGGGAGCUGAAGAACCACUAUCUCAAUGAUAUUGAGAGAAUGUAUGGAGGGAAGUAGGAUCUAAAUCCUGACCAAAACAUCCCAUAAUUCUGUCUGUGUGCCAUGGCAUAUCAGGGCGUGUAUUCCCAGGCACCUAUAGAUUUAGUAAACUUUUGUAAUUUUCAGCUAGUGUCCAUUUGCCUUUAUACAUUUUGUACAAAAUGCUGUAUAUGUAAAAAAUGACUAAUGGAACAGAAACUUUUUGAUGAAAGUGCGUGUAAAGUGAUGUGUAAAUUUACAGAUCAGUGUUUCUCAGCUUGCUCCUUGGGGACCCCCAGGCGGUCCAGGAUUCUGCUCUCUGCCAGUCAGUCUGCAACACACAUGGGUCAUCUGGGGGUCCCCAAGGACUGGGCUGGCAAUGGCUGUCAUAGGUUAAGGUUCAACUCUGAAGGGUCAAUGCUUGCACAGUUCUCUGGGCAGCCAGUGCUGGCCAAGUUUACACCUGCUGUAUAGAUUUAAGGGUUUAAAAGUUCAGUGAAUACAUUAUACAAUACAUAUUAAAAUAGAACAUCAUGUAUCCAGCUAUCGAAAUUUAAAGGUUUAUUGUCCAUUGGUCCUUGCAACGUAGGAAUUUUUCAUUGCACUUGUUUUUCUGCUUAAUAUUAUAUUAUUUUGUUUUGAAUUAUGGCAUUUUUUGCUUACUUCUAAAUAAUUUUUUUUUUAAUUUUUUUUUGCUAGCUUUAUUUAUUUCGUCUAAUGUCAAAACAUUUCUCUCCUAAGGACAAUUGUCUGGCAUUAUUCUGAAGCCUUGUAAAGUCAAUUUCGUUAAAGCUUGAAUACUUUUUGAGUCAACUGGUUGAAAUUAACUUAUAAAAGUGUGUUAUGAUGGAGCACUGUGUGUGCUGACACAUAUGUGUAUAUAUACAGUUGUGGUUUCUUUACUGGCUGGUACAGUGUGUACAGUUAAGAAACUCGAAGUCCUAUUAUUCCAGGAAAAACUUUACGCACAUUUUGCUCGCAACCCUCUUUUUGAUUUGUUAAAAUUAUCCUGUGUAAUUCAUUUUAAUGAAAAUGCUGGACCCAUGCACUUAGCCAACGUCUACAAUGCAUUAGUACUGUAUUGAGUAAUUUGAUAGGACUAAAUUUCAGCACUCACUAUGUUGGGUUCACCUACACCUUCUGUCCUUAAACUAUUGACUUUUCUAAUUAGAAAAUCAACCAAACAAUGUAAAUUUGGCCCUCUGUGUUGUCAGGCCUUGGCGAUUCACGGGGUCAUGUUUAAAGGUGUAUGUCAACCAAAGUGCCAUGGCUUAUUUUUGAUUUGUUCUCAGGGUUACAAUGAUACAUUUCUAAAAGCCUGCAGCCAAUCAACUCUGUAAAUGUUGCUAUUUCAAAGGAUUUUGAUUUUGAGAAUAUCUAACUUAUCAAAUGCUUUGUAUUAUGUGCCAAGACAUCGGGGCAUUAUGUAUUUGUGUGUCUAUGUGUGAGAGUAAGUGUGUUUUUAAUGUCAAUCGUUAGUUUUGUUCAAAGUUGCUGAACUUUUUGCAAAUAAAUGUUUUUCCAAAAAAUUAAA